GGACGCCCGUAGUCUCGCGGGAAGGCGAGCGGCCGCUCGGUGGGGCCGCCGCUCCCCGUGUCAGUCCUGCAGGAAGGAUGGCUUUGAUGUUGGACGCCGUGUGUCUUCUGGAAGCCAGCAGAACAGUCUGUGUGUGUGGACUCCACUGACCCACUUGCUGGCACAGUUUACUUCUUUCUUUUUCUUUUUCUUUCUUUUCUUUUUUUUUUUUUUUGUGGGAGAGUUACUUCAAGUUGUGUUUGGAGCUGACGUGAGUGGAAGGCUGGUCAUGUGCUCGGGUGCCUGUGACAGGGCGGCCCACGAGCAGAUGACAAGGACUGGCUUUUAACUUUGGUGGCCACUGAGAGGGAGAUUAUUGGGGCCCAGGAGCCCCUGGACGCUCACCGCCAUGUCGGGAUCCACGCAGCCUGUGGCGCAGACGUGGAGGGCCACUGAGCCCCGCUACCCACCCCAUGGCAUUUCCUACCCUGUGCAGAUAGCCCGGCCCCACACGGAUGUCGGGCUGCUCGAGUACCAGCACCACCCCCGUGACUACACCCCACACCUGUCGCCUGGCUCCAUCAUCCAGCCCCAGAGGAGGAGGCCCUCCCUGCUGUCUGAAUUCCAGCCUGGGAAUGAAAGGUCCCAGGAGCUUCACCUGCGACCUGAGUCUCACUCAUACCUGCCCGAGCUGGGCAAGUCAGAGAUAGAGUUCAUUGAGAGCAAGCGCCCUCGCCUGGAGCUGCUGCCCGACCCCCUGCUGCGGCCCUCACCCCUGCUGGCGGCGGGCCAGCCCGGGGGCUCUGAGGACCUGUCCAAGGAUCGCAGCCUGGCGGGCAAGCUGGAGCCCGUGUCUCCUCCCAGCCCGCCGCACGCCGACCCUGAGCUAGAGCUGGUGCCUCCGCGGCUCUCUAAGGAGGAGCUGAUCCAGAACAUGGACCGGGUGGACCGCGAGAUCACCAUGGUGGAGCAGCAGAUCUCCAAGCUGAAGAAGAAGCAGCAACAGCUGGAGGAGGAGGCCGCCAAGCCUCCAGAGCCUGAGAAGCCUGUGUCGCCGCCGCCCAUCGAGUCAAAGCAUCGCAGCCUGGUGCAGAUCAUCUACGACGAGAACCGGCUCUGGACAGGGAACUACCGGAUCAGUUGGUUUGGCAAUGCAUCCACCUCCUGA